GGCAAGGCCAGCUCCUGUACAGUUGUAUAUAAUGUCUUCCCCAGCGUCUUCUUGAGUUUUUUCUCUACCACACACUCACUACACUCGCUAAUACCCGGUUAUCACCGAUUACAUUCGUUCUCUACGACCUCCUCCGCCCCUACUUAAUACCAACCGUAUUUAAUACCAACCCCCUCAACACUCAAGAUGCGUUCCUUCGCCGUCGUUGCUGGCUUCGCUGCCGUUGCCCUUGCUGCUCCUCACUACGAGGCCUACCCUGCCGAGUCUUCCUCCGCUCCUGUUGCCUACCCAGCCAGCUCUGCUCCCGCCGACUACCCUGCCAGCUCUGCUCCUGCCGGUUACCCUGCCAGCUCUGCUCCCGCCGGCUACCCAGCCAGCUCUGCUCCUGCUGGUUACCCUGCCAGCUCCGCUCCUGCUGGUUACCCUGCUAGCUCUGCUCCCGCUGGUUACCCUGCCAGCUCUGCUCCCGCCGGCUACCCUGCCGUCACCCCCUCGGCUCCCGCUGUCACCACCACCGAGGUCAUCUCCGCUACCACCUACGUCUGCCCCGAGGAGACCACCAUCACCUACGGACCCAGCACCUACACCGUCCCCGCUAGCGGCACCCUGAGCAUCCCUCAGUACACCGCUACCUACGUCCACACCCCGGUGCCUUCCGUCCCGGCUCCUGCCAAGUCCACCCCUGCUGUCCCCGUUCCCGCCGUCAGCAAGCCCGCUUACACUCCUCCUGCCUACUCCGCCGUUCCCCCGGCUCCUCACUACCCUGCCACCAACGGCUCCACCCCCGUUGUCCCCGCCGCUGGCACCGCCACUGGCACUGUUCCCUCCCCCACCAAGUCUGCUCCUCCUCAGUUCACUGGUGCCGCCGGCAAGGCCACCGUUGGCUUCUUCGCCAUCGCUGGUGCCGUCGCUGCUUUCUUGUAAGCACUUCGCUCUUGAGUGGUUUGUUGUGACGUGACUUGUCGUGUCGCUACUGUCUAUUCUU